AUGCCGAAAACAAACGCCACUUUAGUAAAAUCAACAAAACCACGAAGAAAGAGACAACCACAUUUAUUUGAAACUCAUGAAUUCAAAGAACGGCUUAAGCGUUCAAUAGAAAAGAAUUGUAGAGAUUUCAAUUUCAUUUCUAACAGAGAUGAAUUCAAGUUUAGACACACGAUCCUACAACUUUUGGCACCUUGCAAGAAAACUAGAGGAAAACGAGGCAGAAUUACUCGACCACAGAAUGCCUUUAUUUUGUACCGAAAGGAUUUUCAAGAUGAGAUAAAAGAAAAACAUCCGGAUGCGAAUUUUGAAAAAAUAUCUCAAAUUGUUGGAAAACUAUGGGCAAGAGAAUCGGAUAAAAUAAAAAAUCAAUAUAUUUUAUUAGCAGAUCUUUGCGGUCGUGUUCAUAGCGAACUUUUCCCAGAUUAUAAAUUUAAACCAAGACCGAAAGAAGGAGAUGAAACAGAAGGUAAUAUUAUUACCGAAGAACCCAAAGAAGGGAAAGGAAGAGAAUUACCAUGGUCACCAUUCUCAUCCAUUAUAGCACCCCAAACGCAGCCCUCUUUAGAAGAACAAAUGCUUACACUCAGCAUUAACACACCUCAGGAAAGUUAUGGGGUAACAAAUAUGCUACAAGAAACACAGGUUGAAUCGCAAUCUUUAGAACGCAUUAUAGAAAUUUUUGAUUUAUUCCAGCAGAAAGAACAAUUUAUAGCAGAUAAUUUCAUCUGUCCAAACUAUGAGAUGCAGUCAAUGGAGAAUUUACCCUUUUAUUCCAGCGAAAAUGCUAGUAUUGAUACUACAUUGACUUUACCUUUCGUUGAUACAACCAUGCUACAAGAAUUUAAUUAUCCUUCUGCAGAAUUAUCUCCUAUUGAAUACAAUUUCGCUAUUGGGCAGGAAAAUUUAUACAAUAUUUUCUUUGAUGAAAAUAACGAUAUUUUGUUAUGA